AUGCUCAGACAUGUCAGCAGUACAGUCAAGCAGAGAGCGGAAAUGGACUCACUCAACGAUCUGGACGAUACGGAUGACGAGAGCGAGGAUCCUUGUAGAACGGACGGAAAUGCAAGUGAUUCAGUUACUUGGAGGCUUAACCUUACGCCAAACAUGAUUACUCUCGAGACAAAUAUUCAAACCUUGGCUGGCUUGGAGAAAGUUCUCGAACAGCUGCGACUGAAUGUUAAUCAAGAAAACAUGGAAGUUAACGGACGUCGCCAUCGCAAGGCAGUGUGUUCAAACGAGUUUGAGAUGAAGUCCUUCCAAAAUGCAAUGUCAACCCUCCUCGGCCUGGGCAUGAUGGUACGAAUGUCCAAGCCAGACGUAUUUCGGCAAUUCAAUUCGAUACAAUUGAUGCAAUUGAUGCAACAGUGCGUUGAUGCUUUUUUGACAUGCGAAGGAGCUUUCUUUAUCGAUUCUGCCCAGCUACUCAAAGAUACACAAAAAGUACUUACACAUGCAGAUGCAGCCACAGAGUAUCCAAUAAAGACACUUCUUGUUCUGAGUAUCUGUUGCAUGAUGAUCCGACAUGUCGGCUUUCACAAUCACCUCCCUCCUGCAGUUUCUCUUGGACUAAUGCGGAAUUAUUAUGGACAAGCACGUGUUUUGCUAGAAGAUCUGUUUGACUGCCAUCACAUAUCUGUUGUCCACGCAUUGUUCAUCCUCUCACUUUUUCCUCGUGGACAUGCUGAUUUCUUUUCACCUUCUCGAACACGCUCGCCACUACUACAAACUGCGCUUCGUAUGGCUCUGGCUAUGAACCUUCAUCGAAUCGAUGUAUCUGGCCAUGCGCCUGGUAACGUAAACGAAUAUCGACGACGGUUCUCUUGGAUGUUACUGUGUGCAGAUUACUUUGCAGAGUCGAAUGCAGUGGGGACCACUGGGUGGAUUGCACCUACUGAGUGGUAUGUUAAUUUUCCAGAUUCGCUGCCAGGUGAACAUAAUGCUAGCAGAAUCCAAGCCUUUUCAUAUUUUUGCCGUGUUGUUAUGAUCAGAAAGAUGCACUUCUUCCGAUCCACUUAUAUGAUUUCUCUACGAUCUACAAAAGCACUUGCGGAUGGCCUGGACAACUACAUAUUCAACACACUUCUUGACGAUGGUUACUCGCACCUUCGGCUAGACCCAAAUAAGAUAUCGGGGUGGAGCAAAAGUGACCUCGAAUGUCUCCUCAUCAAUUCAUUUCACUGUAACACAUCUCUCAUCGCUCGACUACCAUUUUUGCCACGGGAUUAUCUUGACAGCGUUCAAAGAGAAGCGCCCGAGCGUGAUCGAGACAUUCGUGAAAUACACCAACGAUUGUUUCAUUCAACCCAAUCCCCACCAUUCAUUCCUUUCAUGCAUUCUAAUCCUUCGCCUUCAUCCUCGUCAUCAUUAUCAUCAUCUUCUACCAGAGUUUUGAUGAAAAACAAUCCUGAACGUACCACCCACUGCAUACUGAGCUGCCUGGAGAUAUCUAAUCGCUAUACCCUUCUUCUGGAAGCCCUUGUUUCAGUCGACCCAUCUGGAUGUCACCAAAGUCCAGUUUAUGGAUUACUUAUGACUGCGCUUGUAUAUCGCAUAUUUAUAGCCAGUAAUCAAGAUACCGAUAUUGCUCGCGUAUCUCAAAUCAACCUUAUCCGUACGCUACGUCUUGUCGAGCGUUGUAAAUCUGUCUAUGGCGAUGCUGUUCUAUAUUAUCUUGAACAAGUCAUUCCACGAUGGGUAGUUGUACCUCUUGAGGAGCCAAACGAAGCCCUAGUGUUCAAAGCAACACAGAUCAUAAAUGGCCUCAAGUCGAGAUUAAACCAAGAUUUAAUGGCCAACUUUAGGGAAAAGAGUGAAGAGACACAAGUCAGUCAAGAGUCUGACAUAAAACCAGAGAAAUUUUAA